CUCGUCCCUCUAAUGCUAAGCAGAGUGGCUACUGAUGGGGUUUUAUUGGAUGGGAGGGUCUGUACUGGAUGUUUACACUGGAUCAUCCCUCACUUCAGAGAGCCGUGAACUUUCACUGCAUUUAGCCUCUAUCCCAUAUGUUCCUCUGCUGGCCCUAAUGAGGUGAGACUGCAGUACAGAAGGCUCCAGCAUCCUCCUCCUCUGCAGGAGACAGCCAAUGUUGUGAUGGCGACUCAGAAACUGGAGAGGCAAUUUCAGAGCGUCCAGCGCAACAUCGAGUUCUUAAGAAAAGAGCAAUUGGAAUUAUUGCAUGGCCUUAACUUGGAGAUUCUCCACCUUCAGAAACGUUGUACUGAGCUGACCCAAGAACUACAAUCAAAGCACGUUGAACUUGCCCAGCAAGGUCAGUUUGAGCAGGAGAUGGAAGAAAAAUGCAGAAUAAUAGAAGCUAAAUACAAUGAAAAGGAGCAACUGAACUCGGCACUGAAACUGGAGCUCUGUCACCGUGAGAAACGAGUGGCAACCCUGAGAUCCAAGCUAAGAGACAAAGAAAGGAGGUUCCUGGAUGAGCUAAAAAGGAGGAGUCACAGAGUGACCAUCUUAAAUACAGAACUGCAAAAGCAGACAGAGUCUGCGGCCUACUUAUCCUUCCAGCUGCACAUUACCAAACAAAAACUGCACAGCCCACAGCAUUCUUGUCAUGAGGCCUACAGACCUCCCGAUUUCACAGUACCUAGACAACCUCAUCAUGAAGGAAAAGUGAAACGAAGAACUCAUAAAAACCACAGUGCUUGGAGGCAGACUUCAGAGAAUCCUUCAGGCAAGGAUCUUUGUAGAGACACCUGUCUAAGAGAGAGGAUGAGCAGCUUUGAUGAUGUGGAAGCCAUGCCAGACCCUGCACUAUUUUUAUACCCAAAAAGGUAUAUGCAUAGUCAAAGACAGAAAUCAGAACCAAAGUCACACAGCCUCAAAAAAACUGGUUCAGGGCAUGCUGAUGGGGUUGUUGAACUUAGCACUCAAUGGCCUGAUAAGCUUUUAAAAGAAAAUGAUGAUACAUCAUCUACAAUUCCAGUUGUCAAAGCCAAGCUACCAAAAAGUGAAAGAGGAAAGCGUCGGGUUGUGCCCCGGCAAAAUUCUAGAGAUUCAGAGUAACACAAAAGAAAACAACAUAAACUACUACUUGUUCUGAGUAGAGCACUGGAAAACGCACUAGUUAAAGUGAUGCUGAAAGACAAAAUAAAUACCUGUCACUUCUGAUAACCCCACUUUUAUAAUCCCUGUCCGCUCAAUUUAAUUAGAUUAGUGUCUUCCUAGUUUUGUUGUGUUUCUUCUGCAUUGAAAAAUAGAAAAUAUAUAUUCUGCCUAUGAAAAGCAAUCUUCUUCAGAUAUUUAUCUUUUUUUUUUAAUUAAGUCUAUUUUUCUUAAGCUCUCAGUAGUCUCACUCGUGCUGAGAUUAUUGUAUCACCCUGCAUGUAAUGCAGACCACCUAAUGGCAGAGUAUAUUGACCUUGCAGAUCAUUUAUAAAUAUACUUUUAUGCUUAUGCAAAUGGAAAAAAGACUGACCAGUAUCCUAUGCAGUUCAUUGCGCCUCACCCAGUGUGGCACUGUCGCUGUUGUAAUUACAUACAGCUUCAAAACAAAUUAUUUUAAGUCAAUGUAGUUGUCACUGUAAUCAUUUUUGCUGCUGCUAAAAUAUUCUGAAAAUGGCACAGCAGUGGCGCAACAAAUAGGAGAAAAAGCCUGUUUAAUGAGUCCCAAAAAUAAAGGUGUCCGUGGAGAGAAUUUUGGACAAUACACAAGCAACAAUUGUAGAAAAUUAGCAGUUUGCAGGAUGUGUGGCGCUGGUGCGAACUACUGAGCAAUUGUUUAUGUGGACAAUAAUUAUUUGUUUUUUAGUAGAGUCAGAAGAAGCCAGAGAUUGUGUUUAUUUCCAUCAUGCAACAGCAGUAAUAUUUAUGAGAAUGAUACUCGAGAUUGCACAAAUGUACAAGGAUGAACUGGUUUCUCAGUUGCAAUAUCUGCUUUUUAUCAAUAGAAAGCAUUUUUCAAUCCAUACCAAAGUAAUAUAUGCAUUAGAAUUAUCUGCAGCAAAUGUAUUUCCAUUAUUAUCACUAAUUACACUUUUUUAAGACUAAAACUAUGUAUGAAGAAUAAUACAAUGCAGUCAGUAUUAGGCUUAGAAACUCAGAUACUCAAUAUUUUAACCAGUACAUAAGCUCUGUAAAUGCUCAUUUGUAUAUUAUAGCUUAAUCAAAUCUUCCUUAUAAUGAGAAAUACAUAUAUUUUAUAGUUCUGUCUUCUAUAAAGGUCCUUAUUAAAAUACGGUCCUGCCCUCA